AGUCAGUUCCACGAAAGUGGCCCAGAAAGUUGCGCGCGUUGCCCACCAAGCGAGUGGUGCCCCCGAAAGGAGUUGAACUCGUAUCUUUGUCUUAGUCCAAGUGAAUUUGUGUUACCAUUUUGGUGUAGGGCCAACUACCCAACACUACGUUAAGCGGGAGCCAUGAGGAUCCAGCGGCAUUUUGUGUUGGGCCUGCUCGGUGCGCUCUCUGUGGCCACCGGAGGCAGCCAUGCCAAAGCUGUGGGAGAUCAACAGACAGCCGAGUCUCAGGUAAGCGGCAAGAGCGUCGCACAACAGCGUAUCGGCCACUUUGGCCUCGGUCUCGAUGUCGGCAUUGAUGAGCAUCACAUACACGAGCAUGUGCACCAUGAGCACCACGAACAUCACGAUCCGGGCUAUUGGAAGAAGAAAGUCACGUGGAAGGAGGGCUGGAAGAAGAUAUGGAAUCCAGCCAAGAAACAAAUCUGGAAUCCAUCGUGGAAAAAGAUAUACAAGCCACAUUGGGUUAAGGUGCCUGGCUGGAAGGAGAUUCAGGUGCCCGCAUGGAAGCAAAUAUGGGUGCCCCAUUGGAAAGAGAUUUUGGUGCCCGCAUGGAAGGAUAUUCAGGUUCCCGAUUGGAAGCAGUAUUGGACACCCGAACUAGUCAAGGUUGGCAUUCCCGGCGAAAAGUUUUUGGGCAAGGAUCACGAGGGUUGGGAAUAUACUAGCCACGAUUUGUGGAAGAAGAAAGUUGUCUGGAAAUCACAUUGGAAGAAAAUCUGGAAGCCAGCCAAGAAACAAAUCUGGGUGCCUGAUAAGAAGCUGGAAUGGAAGGAAGCGUGGAAACAGUACUGGAAACCAGGCAAAAAGCAAAUCUGGAACGACAAACUGGAGUGGAAGGAAGCAUGGAAACAGAUCUGGGUGCCUGGCUGGAAGGAAAUUUGGGUGCCUGGCUGGAAGAAAAUCUGGAAGCCAGUUGUUAUCUCCGAAUGGUUCCCCACACCCGAUCACCAUCACGAUCACCAUCACGAUAUUGGCUGGGAUCGCAAAGAUACCGCGGACGCCAAAUCAAAUGACAAAGUUGUGUGGAAACGCGAUGACAGCAACGCAGCAGGCGCAAAGCCAACGCAACUACAGCCGGUGACCAGUGCAGAUUUCCAAGCUAAAACGCUGGAGGCAGCCAAAUCAACGGCAGCCGUUGCUGCCGACGGUGCCACAACACAGCCAUUUAAGUUUCCGGGCGCGUAGGACGCCUCUGAAUAUAUAUAUGUAUAAUAAUAUGAGCAAAUGCCACACGCCCAGUUCCAAGCUCCUUGUAAAUAGUUGUAAACCAGUCGCUAGCUAGUAAGGCCUUCAUUUUGCUAUUGGCAACCAUUUAAAUUAUCAGUAGACAUAAAACAGCGUUUAAUUAACAAAUAAAUAAAUAAACAAAUAAAUAAAUA